UAUGGCUGAAAACUGAAAACGGACAACCAAGGCCGUUAGAUUUAAUCUAACACUAACUCAUCAAAUCUCAGCUGUUGAAAUUUUUCCCCUCAAUUUGCACGUCUUUCUCUCUUUCCUCUAUUUUCUCCCUCCUACUUCAUUUCCACGUUCUUCUUUCUUUCCUGAUUUCUCCUACUUUCUCUCUUCACUUUCUCUCUCUUACUUUCCCAAAUCCUCUGCAAAUUUCAUGCAAUUUUUUUUCAAAUCUAGCUUCAAUUCGUUGCCACUAUCAUUUUCAAUAUAUCAAAUUAUGUUAAUAUGGUGAGAACUAGAGGUGGUGCGACUUUUAAAAAAGGAGAGGCCUUCGAAGCUCAACUGGAGUUACUUUGCAAGAUAUAGGAGCAUGUGUCAAUCUCGAUGAUGAAGAGGAAGAACAUAUGGAUGCUGAUACUAACACAGAUAAAGGAAAACAAAGAGAGAUUGUUAAAGAUGUUGAGUUUGAUAAAGAUGCUUGGAUUAGUAAGUGGCCAGUGAGGCCAAAAAAAGGAUUGAAAAAGAAAACUAUCACUAAGAAAAAGAAUCCUUCUAUUGUUGAGAAUGCAAAUGAAACAAUUGAUGGGAAUGCAAAGGAUGCCCAACCUGCUAUAGCGGCUUUGUCUGCUGUUAUGGAAGGAAAUAAGGGGAAUGAGGCUUCUUCUUCACAUAAGAAGAGAAAGUUGGAUGAAAAUGAAGGCCGUAAAGUGAAAAAGUGAAGACAAAUAAGGAUAAGAACAUUGUGAUUCAUAGGCAAGAACCUGCAAUCAUAGAUGGUGAUAUACAUAUAGUGCCACGAGGAUUUAAAACACGUAGUAGGCCUUUUCAUUUAGUAGAGAUGAUGAACAAUUUUUCUGACCAUCAAAUCAAGGCUGUGAAAGAAAUUGGCUUUUGAGGUUUAUUAUCUUUGAAGGUGAAACGAACUGCAACUGACAUGCUAUCAUGGUUGGUAGAUUGUUUUGAUCAUGGUAGCUGCAUGUUUACUAUUGAUAGUAAAAAGGAUUUUCUCAUGACUGAAUUUGAUGUGUAUGAUGUUUUUUGCCUUCCUUGCAAAACAUCUAAGAAAGUUGAAGAAAUUUCUCGUUGUGCUAAUGUCAUCAACCCUGAUUAUGACUUAAAGGUUAAAUGGAGGUCUCAUUUUGGUCUCAUUGGUGAGAAUGAUCAGAUUCCUUUAGGUUUUUUGGAAUCUAAGAUCCCUUUACUAAUAGAUGGCGGGGAAGAAUUCAGACAACUUUUUGUUAUAUGCAUGCUUUUUCAAGUUUUUUAGCACCUACGUCCAACAGAACUGUGGAUUUGAGGAUUGUAAAAUGUUUGGUUGAUGUUAAUCAAAUAAGAACUUAUGAUUGGUCAAAAUAUGUCUUAGAUAGACUCUGUGAAGCUGUGAAGAGCUACAAAGAAGGAAAUAUAGAAUGGUUUUGUGGUUGUGUUUUGAUGUUAGAGAUUAUUUAUUUUCAUCGGUUGAGGUUUAGGAAUGUUGUGUUAAAUUCUACAAUACCUUUAAUUCAACAUUGGACCGAUGUAGAUAUAAGAGAUAGAAUUACAAAAGAAAAGUUGUCCAAGGGUUUUGGGUGUGGCAUUCUUGAGUUUGAUACAUAUCCAGUAAGUGAGAAGUUGCAAUUUGAGGAUGGACAAGUUGUUAAUAAUCAAUUCAAGGAAGCUCCUAUGAAUCAAACUUCUGGAAAAGAAUUUGUUGUUAAUGAAGGUGUUCGUAGCAAGGGUGUUAUUCACUUUGAGCUACCUGCUAGUUCAAUGUCUAAUGAGGAAAUCCAUUCAAUCGCUAUUGAUGAAGUUUAUGAAAAGUUUUUGCUCAUGAAAAGAGAUUUAGAAGUGGUGUCCAACUUUUACAUGGAACAAUUGAAAGUCUUAUUUCAGAAAUGUAAACCUCAUGAUUCUCCCACUUCGAUACCUCUAAUGUCCCAAAGCGAUUUAUUCUUUAUGGAUCCUCGUGUUCAUGAGAUUGUUGAUGAGAUUGUAUCUCUUGUAACUUGGGUAAGGAAAGUGCCUAAUGGUUGGGAUGAUGUUGGUAUUGAUAUUGAUGAUAAUGGUGCACCUACAAAAGAGAUUAAUGUUGUAGUUGGUGAAGUUCCAAGGAUAGGUUUUGAGCAUGUUUUGAGUAAUGGAAAAUCUAAAUGUUCCAUUGCUAUGGAUGUUAGUCUCAUUGGUGAUAAAGUUGCAUAUGUAUCUCAAUACAUGAAGUCUAGUAACAAGGAUAUGAAGAUUUUGGAUGCAAUCGUCCAGGAACUUGUUGACUACUGCAUUAGUGAUUACCAUGUUUUUGAUCUCAAUGAGGUGUUGGUAUCUUUUGGAAAACCAUUUGAGAUUACAAGGAAUGAAUUCCUUUCAUUAGGUGAACCGACUAUUGCUAUACCUUGUGGGAUUAUUGAUUGUUGGGCUUUGUUGCUUAAUGAAAACCAGAAGAGUAGUGCACAUGGACCUCAAAAACUAUAUUUUGGUGCUUCUCAAAGUGCUUUUUUAUUGGAAGUUGCGAACAAAGAUAAUAACACACAAGACAUUGACAAGCUAUUUGACAUUUGGUCAAGAUGGAUGUUCAUUCCUUGCAAUGAUUUUGAUCUUGCAAAUGUCGAGUUGAUUUUUGUUCCUAUACUCUUGAGUGAGCACUUCUUCCUAAUUGUUGUGAAUUUGAAGGAAGAAAAGCUUCAGUUCAUUGAUAAUAUGAGUUAUGAUACUAAGUACAUGAGCGAGGUUGAGAAGUUCUCUGAUGUUCUGAGUGAUAUGUUGAGUACUUUUCUUGAUCAACGCAUUCCUCAAAGUAAUGACUUGAUGAAGAACAUGGUUGAGUACACUUUGGAGUCACCUUCUCUAAAUUGGAAGUCUAGAAAACAGACUAAUGAUUGUGGCAUUUAUACUAUGGUCAGCAUGCUUCACUUUGAUGGAGCUGAUGUAUUUAACUGCGAUGUUUUGAGAACGGUUGCAAUUAGACGGGUAUUGAGAGCUCAGAUUGCUGCUACUCUGGUAUUGUCUGAUAUGAACAUUGUCAGAGAUGAAGUUCUUAAAAAGCUAUAUGAAUUCAGAUUAAUAAGGAGUCAAGUUGCAAGAGAUGUUGUUGAUGGGAGGAAGAAGAAAACAAAGCAAGGUAAAAAGUUAAAGAAUGUAUAGGUAGACUAACAAAUACGUGGAUGAAGUUUUUUGCACAAAAGUAGGAAAUCUAAUGUAAUGAUCUAGUUUGCAUCAACUACUAGAAACAAGUUUGUAUAAGUGCUAAUGUAGAACAAUACGAUAUGAUUCCAGUUCAUACAAAGGUUUUGAAUUGGUGGUA